CGAUGAACGUAAACAUGGCUGAAUCUAUGAUGAGAGCAGCUGCUGUGAGUUGAUGUGGCACUGAGGAGAGCGCUGCCGUGACAGUGAACUUGAGCUGGAUAAAGAGUAUUUAUUUUUCAGAUUGAGAUUUCAGUUGGACAGAUCAGAUCAAUAUGUAUCUGCAUAGGCUGCUCUCCUGUUCUCGGUGUUUUACAAGGCCAAAUGCUCUGCAGAUGUUCAGUAGAGCUGCUUCACAAGGGAAGAAUCCUUCCUUCUCCCCAUCUCUCUCACUCCAUGCUGUGCGUUAUUGGAAUAACGUGCCUUUUUUUACAGUGCCGCUGGCACGGGCGCACGGUAAGUCGUUUGGCCACCGUAGCGAGCUGCGCCAGGCCAAAAGAAUUGUGGUCAAGCUGGGCAGUGCUGUCGUAACCCGCGGUGACGAGUGUGGUCUCGCUUUGGGGCGGCUUGCCUCGAUUGUGGAACAGGUGGCGAUGCUUCAGAAUCAGGGCAGAGAAAUGAUGAUCGUGACCAGUGGCGCUGUGGCAUUUGGAAAACAGAGAUUGAGGCACGAAAUUCUUCUCUCACAGAGUGUCAGGCAAGCCCUGCAUUCAGGCCAGAAUCAGCUCAAAGACAUGUCACUACCGGUUCUGGAGGCAAGAGCAUGUGCUGCUGCUGGACAGAGUGGGCUCAUGGCACUUUAUGAAGCCAUGUUCACUCAAUACAGCACCUGUACAGCACAGAUCCUGGUGACGAAUUUGGACUUCCACGACGACCAGAAAAGACGGAAUUUGAACAGCACUCUGCACGAGCUACUGCGUAUGAACAUUGUGCCAAUCAUCAACACCAAUGAUGCUGUGGUGCCUCCCCCAGAACCCAACAGUGACCUACAGGGGGUAAAUGUUAUCAGUAUCAAGGAUAACGAUAGCCUUGCAGCGCGACUUGCCGUAGAGAUGAGGGCAGAUCUUCUCAUCGCUCUCUCUGAUGUAGAAGGGCUUUACGACAGCCCACCAGGAUCAGAUGAUGCCAAGCUCCUGGACACAUUUUACCCUGGGGACCAGCAGUCCAUAACCUAUGGCACAAAAUCCAGGGUCGGCAUUGGAGGAAUGGAAGCAAAGGUGAAAGCUGCUCUCUGGGCUCUCCAGGGUGGGACAUCUGUUGUCAUUGCAAACGGUACACACCCCAGAGUCACAGGUCAUGUGAUCACUGACAUUGUUGAAGGGAAGAAAGUUGGAACCUUCUUCUCAGAGGUCAAGCCAGCUGGCCCCACAGUCGAGCAGCAGACAGAAAUGGCUCGUACUGCUGGCAGGACUCUAGCUUCCCUUGACUCAGAGCAGAGGAGUGACAUCAUCUGUGCAUUGGCUGACCUCCUCACCGAGAGAAAAGAUGAAAUUUUAACAGCCAAUAAAAAGGACAUGGAGCUUUCUGUCAGCACAGGUCGCCUGUCUCCAGCCAUGCUGAAGCGACUCAGCUUGUCAUCAUCUAAGCUGAACAGUCUGUCCAUCGGUCUGCGUCAGAUCGCGGUGUCCUCUCAAGAAAGUGUGGGCAGGGUUCUGAGCAGGACUCGUGUGGCAAACAAUCUGGAGUUGGAACAGAUCACUGUGCCUAUAGGAGUACUGCUGGUCAUUUUUGAGUCACGGCCAGACUGCCUGCCCCAGCAGGUUUCUGCUUUAGCCAUUGCUAGUGGAAAUGCUCUUUUGCUGAAAGGUGGCAAAGAGGCCGCAAACACGAAUCGCAUCCUGCAUGAGCUCGCCCAGGAGGCCCUUUCCAUCCAUGGAGUUAAAGACGCCAUCCAGCUGGUGAGCACGCGUGAAGAGGUGGAGGAUCUGUGUCGUCUUGAGAAGACGAUAGAUCUGAUCAUUCCCCGUGGAUCCUCUCAGCUGGUCAGAGAUAUUCAGCGUGCCGCUAAGGGCAUCCCUGUUCUUGGCCACAGUGAGGGCAUCUGCCAUGUCUAUGUGGACCAUGAGGCCAGCAUUGACAAAGCCAUCAAUAUCAUCCGAGACUCCAAGUGCGACUACCCUGCAGCCUGUAAUGCCAUGGAAACCCUGUUGGUGCAUCGAGAUCUUCUCAGAACCCCUCUGUUUGACCAGAUCAUUGACAUGCUGAGAACAGAACAUGUAAAGAUCCACGCUGGCCCCAAAUUUGCAUCCUACCUGACCUUCAGUCCAUCAGAGGUGAAGUCUUUGCGUACUGAGUAUGGGGAUCUGGAGUGCUGUAUAGAGGUGGUGGACAGUAUGCAUGAAGCUGUGGAUCACAUCCAUAAAUACGGCAGCUCCCACACUGAUGUUAUUGUCACUGAGAAUGAGGAGACAGCAGAGCAGUUCCUGCAGCAGUUGGACAGUGCCUGCGUGUUCUGGAAUGCCAGCUCACGCUUUGCAGAUGGAUAUCGUUUCGGUCUUGGUGCGGAGGUUGGCAUCAGCACGGCCCGUAUUCAUGCCCGUGGACCUGUGGGGCUGGAGGGGCUUCUCACUACCAAGUGGGUUUUGCGGGGUGAGGGUCACACAGCUGCAGACUUCUCUGAACAGGGCAGCUUGAAAUUCCUUCAUGAGAAUCUCCCGGUCGCACAGCCCCUGCCUGGACGCAGAACCGCCAGCUAGAGUCAUUUAGUAAAAGCCUCUACAGUCAAGAAUCCUCUUAUGACUCCACUGCACUUAAAAUGGAGAACCAAACAAAUCUCAUUUAAGUGAAAGCACACCCACUUAAAACUUUUUUAAAGGGACCCAUCAGAGAGUUUGUUUGGAGUAAGCGCAAUAUACAUGAAACCUUAAAUGGACGGAGCAAUUUAGUGCACCCAAGUACAGAAGAGCCUUUAAUAGCAAACCUUUAAAUCCUUAAAACCUAUAAAUGGGAGUGUCAGAAGGGCAGUUUUUGACCUGCCUCAAAUCUGAUCGAAUUUGUCUUGUUCUUAGAACAAAGCAGUACACUCCCACAUGCUUGUUAAAAAUAUCAUGCCACAAAGAUGUAAGGUGAACCCUUCAUUGAUUGACCUGUUCAAAAAUCUUGUUUCUCUCGUUAUUUCAGGGAUGAUUUGUGCAUUGCAUUAUGUUUCUCUGGGUAGUGAAACAUAAAGCCAAUAUUUGCCAAUUUCAUGGCAAAUCUAAAGACAAGCUCACCAAUAAGUUUCUGACCCCUGUGAAUUGGAGUUGACUAAAUUAGGUACUGUAACAGGCCCUCACGAUGCCAAUGGUAUAUUUAUGCGAUAUUGUAUUUAAGAUGUGAAAUUCCAUUAGGACAUUCAGAAGGAAAUUCCCCUACACAGGCUGUACAAAUCAGUGCAUUAAAGAAUAAUGUUGCUGUUUUUUUGUUUUUUUUUUGUUUUUGUUUUUUUGUGCACAGCAUAUUGCAUACAGUACAUACCUGUAUAGCUUUAACAAUAAUGAAAUAAUUUCUCAUGUGGCAAGUUCUGGUCAUAAACAACAUUACAUAAAGCUAUUUUUGUUGUAUUUUCCAAAUGCUGUUGUCUGUAUCAUUAUGCUUUUAUUAUAUAUAAAAAAACAAUGAAACAUCACCGCAGUAGACAUAUUCCCAUUUUCCUAUGUAUUGCUUUCAUUCCCCAUUUUUUUUUUUUUUUUUUAAAUGCUACUUGCUUUUUAAUCAUGAGGAAUGUGCAGUACUGUAAAUAAUUUCCUGUCAUCUGUGUAAAAUGCACCUGGGACGGACAGCCUUUGUCCUGAACUGCUGAAAAAGGCCUCGUUAUCUUUGCAUAAAAGUGCUGUUAACAUUUUUCAAAAUUUAAAUUAAACUGUUCACCUAUUUUGUAU